AAACUAAGAUGGGGGCCAGUGUUUCCCAUGUCUCCGAUCCGUUGCCGCCUACAAGAUUCGACGGACACGGUCAGGUUAUUGCAUUUCACUCAUCGUCAAAGCUCAAAGUCCAUUUCGAAGCAUCAAAGCAAAGCAACAAACUGGUGGUUGUCGACUUCACGGCUUCUUGGUGUGGCCCCUGUCAGUAUAUACAACCUGCAGUUAAUGAAUUUGCAGAGACAUAUAGAGAUGUGGAGUUCAUCAAGAUAGAUGUGGAUGAACUGGAAGAUGUGGCGAAGCAGUUUGGGGUGGAGGCAAUGCCGACUUUUGUUCUUAUAAAGAAAGGGAAAGAAGUCGACAGGGUUGUGGGGGCGAAGAAGGAAGAGCUUAAGAAGAAGAUUGAGAACCACAGGCUCGGAAAUGCAUGAUGCAAUGUAGAGCAAGAGAUUCAGCAUUGCUGCAAGAAACAAGACAAGAAAUUACGAGACUGAAUUAAAGAAAUGCUUAGAUUCUUAUGCAUGAAAUUAAAGUACAUAUCAUGGGCUAGUAGUAUACACAUAAUUGACGCGAUGACGAUAAAGUUUCUAAGAAAA